CAAAGUGGAGCAUAUAGCUGGCCGCCUGUAGCCUCCAUUGCGGGGAGGGGAAAAGCGUCGUGAAAACCUUCCCAUGCAUAUAAGAGCUUCUGCGUCGCUACGAGUAGUGCAACCACAGCUCUCAUCUUUGACCAGACCAAGCCAGUUAGCGGGACGUGCGUGGAUCAGACCGAUUGUCACCAUGCCAGUCAGGACAGCCUUCGAUCCUAAGGACAUGAAGUUCCGACACCUGGGCCCAAGCGGUCUGAAGGUGUCUCUUCUGUCUCUUGGUGGCUGGCUUACCUACGGCGGGACGCAGAAGGGCAGCAUAGUAAAGGACUGCCUACAAGCUGCCUGGGACCAUGGCAUCAACUUCUUCGACACGGCUGAGGUGUACGCCAAUGGAGAAAGCGAAAUUGAGAUGGGACGCGCCCUCAAGGAGCUUGAUUGGCCAAGAGACGAGUACGUUCUCAGUACCAAGAUCUUCUUUGGCACGGGCAGGAAGGAGCCGAACACUCGAGGACUGAGUAAAAAGCACAUUGUGGAGGGCUUGAAGAGCUCUUUGGAGAGGUUGCAGCAGCCUUACGUGGACAUUGUGCUGGCUCAUCGCCCGGACGUGGGGACCCCGAUGAAGGAGAUUGUCGAAGGCUUCACACAGGUGAUCCGCAACCUGAACCUCGCGUACUACUGGGGUACGUCCGAAUGGUCGGCGACCCAGAUCCUCGAGGCAAUUGACAUCGCCGAGCGGUACAAUCUCAUUGCGCCCAUCGCCGAUCAACCGCAGUACAACGCAUUCCACCGUGAACGUUUCGAGGUCGAGUACGCGCCACUUUACGAGAAAUUCCAGUACGGAACGACCAUUUGGUCCCCGCUGGCGUCCGGCUUGCUGACUGGCAAGUACAACGACGGCAUCCCAGAGGACUCGCGCUUCGCAAACAAUAAGGCCUUCUUCGAGAACACGAUAAAGGAGUUGAAGUCGCCCGCGGGACAGGCCAAAAUAGAGAAGGUCAAGAAGCUCACCGCAGUUGCUGAGAGGUUGGGCGGCACUCCCAGCCAGCUCGCCAUCGCGUGGGCAGCCAAGAACCCGAACGUCAGCACCGUCAUCCUGGGCGCAACGAAGGUCGAGCAGAUCGUGGACAACUGCAAGGCGAUCCAGCUCCUUGACAAGUUAACUCCAGAGGUCAUGGAGGAAAUCGAGGGUAUCUUGGAGAACAAGCCGACGCCGCCAGCCACGUACGGCAGAUCGAGGUAAGAGGGGGCCUCUUUCGCUCGUCCAUCCCAAUAUUCUAUUGUUGGAGAAGGAACAGGACUCCUCUUCCCUGUCGGUCGGCAGCCGGCGCGGAAGCGUAGAGCAUUGAAAAUUUCGGUCUCAUACUAGCCAAAAAUUUACUGUGCGAGAAAGUCGAGCUGAUUUCGGUUCAAAUAGGGUCGAUAGACCACGAAAGAAGACCUCCAAGAUAUAGACAAAAGAAUGCUAGGCAAGAUUUUGUGAAUAGAAUUUUUGAAUCAGUCCUUCAGUCCCUUUUUAUUUUAUUUUUUUUUUAACAAAAAAUUAAA